AUGAAAUGGUACCUCAUCGCCAAAGGUCUGCGCGAAGGCACAGACAUCAAGAAGGUUGUCCGCUUAGAUCGCCCAAGGACUCUCAACGAGUUCCUAGCGAUCGCCAAGAUCUACAUCGCCUAUGAAGAAGAGCUGUAUACGGACAACCUCAACAAAUCCAGGAAAGAGGAGCCUGCUGCUGAGUCCUCCAAAAAACCCUUCCACGAGAAGAAGAAGGAAGGCAAGGCUACUCGGGAAGGCAAAAGACCCAACGGUCACUUCACGAAGUACUCUACCUUAGCCAUGUCAGGGGAGAAAAUCCUCGAUGAGAUCGCGGUAGCCGAUCUGAUAGAAGCUGGCAUCAAGCCACCAAAGGCCCCAUCUCAAAAGAGGAAGGGAGUCGACAAAACAAAAUAUUGUCGAUUCCACAAAUGCCAUGGACACACCACUGACGACUGCAUCCAUAUGAAAGAUGUUAUUGAGCUCCUCAUUCAAAGAGGACGACUCAAACAGUUCGUAAAAAACCCAGAAGCAGAAAGAAAAACCGUCGAGCUUAUCGUUGAUGGCUCAGAGCCUGGUAAGACAGUUGCCAUGUCCAUAGAACAUCUCGGUGACUUCCCUGACAACGUGGAAAUCACCCCUUAUUCAUGCACCUGGGAGCAGUUCCCCUCCGCCAACGUUAUCACGGGAGGAACACUGAACGUCUCCAUGGAGAGCAUGAAGAGAAAGUUCGAGGAACUCAUGAGUGUAAACUUGCUAGCCCCCUCCAACCACGGAGGAAGGCCACCUUUGGCGUUCUAUGAUUCAGAACUUCCUGGUGGAGCUUCAAAUUCAGCCAUUCCUUUGCUCGUGCGAGCAUCGAUGGCCAAUUCAGACGUCCGACAAGUCCUAAUUGACACAUGGGCCUUGUGCGACAUCAUGUACACUAGCCUGUUUAAUACUUUUCAACUGGCGGAGAAAAAACUUUCUCCCUACGUUGGAAAUGAACUUUACGGCUUCAACGGGAGAACCGGGCUUGCACAACUAGGGGCCGCAUGUUCAACCGCCCAUCUGAAGUUGAAAUACCAUGCAAAAGAUGGCAUCAUCGCCUCUCUCAACGGAGACAUCGAAGCUGCAAGAAGAUGUUUCCUCCAGGCUAACAAAACCCAGAGCUCGAUUUCCCAAUCCAGAAAACCUGCUGAAGACAAAGGGAAAGCUGCUGCGAGCACUCUGGAUGCCAACUUGGUGGAACUUGAUCCCAGGUUCACCAAGGAAGACCUUAAGGAACAAAAACGGGAAAAGAAGGAUCAGUUCAACUCGAAACUUCUCAGACCUGUUCCUGACGGUGAAUUCGAGCUGGUCCCUUUCGGAGACGACCCCUCGAAAAACUUCAAGAUUGAGGGUCCACUAUAA